GCAAAUCAAUACAAAUCUACCAAUGUACCGUGUGUAUAAUAGGCAAGUAAGGUAGGACAAGGCAGGAUACUCCACAAUUUUCAUCUCUAACCUUCCUGUCGUCUUGUUCGUCGAGUGACUAGUAGGUACCCCAAUCACUCAACAGCGCGUGUUAUAACUUGCACUUUCAACACGUCUACAUUAGUACUGAUUAUACCUGAUUCUAACUGGAAUCGUCGCACAUCACAUUCUCGACAAUAAUCCCAUGAACAAUUUCUACCCUUCAGUUUACCUAUCUACUCUUUGAUUUCCAUUCUUGUGAAAAUGGCACCUAAACGAUCUGCGGAAAAUGACCAAUCUGGGCCUCAGAAGAAGCAGAAGACCACCACGGCGACGGCGACUGCUGCUCUUAAGGCCACUUCCACAUCCAUCGAUAGUUCACUUCACUCCACUGUUAUUCGAGACAAAGCCAUUAAGAUUCGCGCAAGCGUGUACCGCCUUAUCAAGGGGCAGAUGACUUUCAUGCCAGCAUGUCGUACCGGCACUUCCAAAUGGUCCUGCACCCAGCGUGUCCCUAAUGUCACUGUAUUUGUCCGAUUGUUCCGGGUUGAGCCAACCGCCGCCAAUGGCAAGAAAUGGAAGCAAAAGAAGAUCCCAAUUGACCAAUUCGAGCGUUGCUUCGGUGAAAUCAGCACGCCUUCUCGCUACGGUACUCUCUGCGUCAUGGACCCGUACAUUAUUCUCAAGUGGAACGAAGCGAAUAACGAGUUUACCAUCAGCGGCAAGUACGGCCUCUCAGAGCUUCGCAAAUACACCGAUAAGGAGGAGGAGUGAUCGGCUGGACUAGACCUUCAGAGAUCAAUUGCUUGAUGGUGUUGCCAUCAGAUAUGAACCACUAGUAUCCAGUUCCAUUCAUGAUGGUAUUUGGCUGAGCUAUUUUUUCUCUUCCUUCGACCCCAAAUUGUUCAUCGUCGUACCA